AUGAUCAUCCUCCAGACAGUACCUCCUCACGACAGAGUCCCAAGCCCCCUCGAACUCACCAACCGUCUCCGUCGCACGGACACAGCUCAAGAACUCCGAUUCGAACCCGGGGUGAGACCGAGACACGUGACCGAGCUUCUCCGCGAUAAGCGGGAGGCUGAAACGGAGACGCGCCUGGGGAAAAGCCUGAGAAGCGGCGAGGUGGAUCACGGGGUCGGGCUCGAGGGUGACGGAAGGAGGAGGAGGAGAAGCGGACAUGGCUCGGAGCCAGGAGUGGAAGAGCCAGGCGAGGGAGGAUUGGGAUUGGUUGAGGAGGAGAGCGCAGCCGAAGAGGAGAGGCUGCCCGUGGUGGUUGAAUCCCGUGAAGGCGGCGAGAGGGAGCUGAGGGUUGCGCCUGACGUAGGUGGUGUCGAAGACGAGUGUGUCGCCGAAGUGGGCGUAGUUCGACCUGCAGGAGGGAUCGGCCCAGAAAAUGUUUCCGUUAUUGUCGUCGUCGUUUUCCUCCAAUGCGUAGGAGAAAGAUGGAUUCUCGAGGUGGUUGCGUUUCAGGUAGUUCAAGACGUGCUCCAGACUCAUCAUCGCGGGUAUCGAUUCCGCCGCGACGGAGUUUGUGACUUGGCAGAAGCGAGAGAUAAUCGAGAGGAACUGCACAGAGAUGAUGAUGAUGAUGACGACUGCAAGACUAUAACCCUAGAACCUGUACUGUCGACGGGGUAAUUCAGAGAGAUGUGUAGCAUUCGAAUCGAAACGGGUAGACGAUGAAACUAUUUGGGCUUAUUGACUUCUUGGGCUCAGCUCAUUGAACAGGAAGCCGCAAAAUGGAUGUCAAAAGCUUUGUACUCUUAUCAAAACGGAAAUGAAUAGAGAAUAUUUCGACUUCGACUGUGACCGCAAAUGGGUCUUCUCAGGUUUCCAUGCAGACAUGCUAGUGUUUGGGCUCAUGGAGAAAGCAGUCUCGAACUUUGGAAGCGGUAUUUGUUUUCUUGCUUUUUAUUGUGAGACUAUUGUUUAAAUUUCAAGUGUUAUGGUUUUUCAAUUA